AUGGAGUUGGGAAGAGGAACACUUUUCAGGACUGGACUGAAUGCGUUAUAUCAAGCAAUACACCCAAUUCAUGGCCUUGCCUGGACUGAUGGGAAUCAAGUAUUUCUGACUGAUUUACAGCUUCACAAUGGAGAGGCUAAGUUUGGAAACUCAAACGUCAUUGGGCAGUUUGAACACGUCUGUGGGCUGUCCUGGGCCCCAUCUGGUACAGCUGACAUGCCCACUCUGCUUGCUAUCCAACACAAGAAGCAUGUUACUGUGUGGCAGCUGUGUCCUGGCACUGCAGAGGCCAGCCAUUGGCUGAUGUCUCAGACCUGUGAGAUUAGAGAAUCACUUCCUGUCCUUCCCCAGGGUUGUGUGUGGCACCCAAAAAGUGAUAUCCUAACUGUAUUGACUGCCCAAGCUGUCUCUGUUUUCCAUAAUGUUAACUGUGACAGUUCUCGGGUGAAUGCAGACAUCCAUACUCAAGGCCACAUUCAUUGUGCAUGUUGGACCCAGGAUGGCCAGAGGCUGGUGGUGGCAGUAGGCAGCAGCCUGCAUUGUUACAUUUGGGACAGUGCACACAAGGCUCUUCACAGGUGCUCCUCCUCCCCGGCAUUUGAUGUGAACAGUUACAUCCGUGCCAUCGGAGCCACUGUGGACUCACAGGUUGCUAUAGCCACUGAGCUUCCACUAGAUAAGAUUUGCAGCUUGAAUGCAUCUGAAACCUUUGAUGUUCCGACUAGUGGUAAAGACACUUAUCUGUAUACUUUACCAGUUACUGGUGAAGUGCCCUCUAUAUUUAAAGGGGCAAACACUGAAGCAAAUUCUGAAAUAGCAGUUUCUCCUUCCUCCUCAGAUCCAGAGGAUCUAACUCACAUACGUUUCAAUAGGUCUGCAUCUGAGGGCAGUUCUCUUAUUUGUCUAAGAAAAAAGGAUUACUUGACCGGAACUGGACAGGAUUCUUCACACUUGGUCAUUGUGACCUUUGGGAAAGAGGUUAUCAUGACCAGAAAAGUGAACAUCCCAGGCAUUCUGGUUCCUGAUCUAAUAGCAUUUAAUCUUAAAGCACAGGUAGUGGCGGUGGCUUCUAGUACUUGUAACAUCAUCUUGAUCUAUUCUCUCAUUCCAUCUUCUAUGCCAAACAUUCAACAAAUUCAUUUAGAGAGUAGUGAGAGACCCAAAGGCAUAUAUUUCUUGACAGAGAAAUUAUUACUGAUUUUGGUAGGAACACAAAAAUCUACUGAUUUGGCCUUUCUUCCUUCUUCAAACUCUGAGCAAUAUAUCAUUCGAUUGAUUGUUAGAAAAAUAAUGUUGGAAGAAGAAUCUUCAGUGACCUCAGGUGAAAGCCAGAGCGACUACUCUAUUUUCAGUGCUCUGUUCAAUAAAGAAAACAGAAGAAAGCUAAUUAAAAGUCUUUCCCCAGAUUUUUGUCACCAAAACAGGGGGCUCUUGUUAACAGCUAGUACCAGUAGUCAAAGUGAAAAUCCUGGAAGAACCCUUAUUAAAGAAAUCAAAAGUCCUGCAUCCAGUAUCUGUGAGGGCUCUAUAGCCCUAGAAACUCUCAAUGGGAGGCCUGUUCAUCGGUCAGUAACAAAGCCCAUGCCCAGCAGCAUGCCAGAGGCCUCACCAGUGCAGUUUAACCUUUCACCUGAGCCUCCUAAUUUGCUUCAAAGAAAGAAUUUACAAAGGGACAAGGAAGCUUAUCAGAUAUCAAAGAAACUAGAAGUUCUGUCUAGGAAUCUGACUGAAAUGCAGCAAUGUAUUUCUGAACUCACAAACUGGCUCCAUAAUGGGAAGAAAUCCUCUCUAGGAUAUCCACUCUCUCAGGAUCCCCCUUAUGUGCACAUCAUUUAUCAGAAACCCUUUCAUGUAGGUUCUGUUGUUGAGAAAAGAGCCGUGCUUCUCUGUGAUGGCAAACUGAGGCUCAGUAUGGUUCAGCAGACAUUUGGCCUCUCUUUUAUUGAAAUGCUGCACGACUCCCUCUGGAUUCUUCUCUCUGCUGACAGUGAAGGCUUUAUUCCGUUAACGUUCACAGCCUCACAGGAAAUAAUCAUAAGAGAUGGCAACCUGUCUAGAUCACAUGUCUUCAAAGACUCUCUUUCUCAGAGUCUGGAUUCUGGCCCUUCUCUAGAAAUCUGCAGAGACCGUGCUGCCCAAAAUUUAGAUACCACUGGCCAUUCUAACCAUUUAGGCCACACAGUAUGA